CUUUUUUGCCUUUUUAAAGCCGUUUCUCCUUGGUCCUGAUCUGUUCUCCUCUGGUCCAUGAAGGAAAAAUUAAGCUUGUGUGAUGAUUGAAAAUAAUCUUUGUUAGGACGAAAUUUAAGUCGUUAAAAAAACGUUAUGAUUACAAAGAUAAAGAUUUUUUAUGUCGACAUUUUCCUUUAAUUUAGUAAGAAAACUAGUUUUAGAAGACAACGUUUCAAAAGACAAGAGUCGACCUUACAGAGACCAAAAAUCUGCUGAUGUAGUACUGAGAAAACAACUUGAAGCGCUUAGUAAAAAGAUCGAUAUAAACAUCCAGCCUGCGUUUAAGAGCCACAAAAUCAUGGAUGAACUUCGUUUUUGUGAACCUAAGACGAAGAUGGUAAACCAACAGUGCGUUGUGUAUAAAUUUGAAYGUCCACUGUGUGAAACAGGGUAUGUGGCAACUUUUGUGGUUCUGAAGAAAUGCAGAGGAAAACUUGAUUGCUUGAUCUACUAAAUGCUAUAUAUCAAAGACCUUAAAGCAGAACUUAACAAACAAUUAGACUCUAUUAGAGCGAAAGUU